AUGUUUUGGAGAGGCAGAUCACCCUACUCGUACAUGAGAAUGCAGGAAGACAAUCCCGAUCAAUAUAAGCCAGCGGCAAGCAGCCAGGCUGUGGAGAGCAACCUCGAUGUUGACAUUGACAAUGCACCACAACAUGCAUCGAUUAGACAUCGCGUGGCGGCCAGUCGUAGAACAUAUUCAGGAUCGCUCGCAUUCAACUUUCUUGCCUUUUUGUUACCAGCACUGUACUCGACUUUGAGCAAGCUAUGGGUGGCUAAUAUCGACUCAAGCCUCGUCGCAACAACAGAUGUAUACACAUACAUGUCAACGGUUGCCGAAGUUCUCAACGAAGGCCUACCAAGAACAGCUUGGCUUAUCAUUGGUGAUACCGCGACGCGUUCAAUGUCUUCCCGGAUCUCGCUAUCUUACACAAUGCUCAUGUUCCAAACGCUUAUGGGCUUAAUCAUGACGAUCGUAUUCGUUGGCGCUGCGGAACGAUUUGCUGCAUCAUUCGUUCCAGAAGAAGUUCGAUCUGCUUCUUUGAGCUACGUCAGAUUGUCAGCCCCUGUGGCAUUAUCGUCGGCAACACAGGUCGCUGUAGCAUCUUGCACGAGAGCAUUGGAUCAACCGGAUGUCCCACUGAUAAUCAGCUCUGUUGGCUUCGUACUUAAUAUCGUCCUCGAUCUUCUAAUCAUAUCGAAGUUUCAUGUGGGCUCUUACAAUCCAACUGUAUUGACACAAGCAGGCAUCAGGCUUGCCUGCGACAUGACAUCCGCGCUCGCAGGAGUUGUGUACUUCGUUUACCUGACCAGGAAGUUGGGAGGAGGCAUUUCACCCUUGAGCUUUGCUAAUAAGUUGUCAGUGCAAAUGAAAGCACUGAAAAUCUUAGCUAUACCAGCAAAGUAUACGUUCACGGAAUCUUUAAUACGAAACGCAAUCUACCUUUGGGUUGUUAGUACCAUUAUAGGACUUGGAAGUACUUACGCAACAGCAUGGGGUGUAUUCAACACUGUCCGAUGGGGAUUGAUCAUGGUGCCAGUCAACGCAUUGCAAGCGUCUUCGUUGGCAUUUGUCGGACAUCAGUGGGGUAUUUGGCACAACCGUGUCGGUUCUAAUAAUAUUAGACCAACUGCAAGUAGAAGAGAGUUGAAAGCCAUCGUUCGACCAGCAUACAUUUCUGCUUCCAUUGCUCUCGCGAUCGAGGUUCCCAUUUGUAUAUUCCUAUCGACUUGGGGAAUGAAACGCUUUUCAUACUAUUUGUCAAAUUCAGAUGAAGUAGCUGCAGUGGCAGCCAAGAUGUGGCGGAAUAUCGACUGGUGCUAUAUCUUCUACGCGGUGAGCACUCAAUUCUCCGGUAUCCUGCUGGCCACGGUCCCUCGCUGGUAUCUGUAUCAGGCCUUGGGUUCGAAUUUCUUGUGGAUGCUUCCUUGGGCUGUUGUGAUGACUGUGAAGCAUUUUUCAGAAGCAGAAGCCUGGAAAUUCUAUGCCAUCAUUUUUGGUGGAGCAUUGGUCUUUGAUUUCUUUAAUGUUGGAUUGAUACUUGGUCUCUGGUCAUGGAUGCUACUGCAUGGGAGGGUGAAGGUUAGAGCCGUCGGUCGAGAUUUCUAG